GGGUCCAUUGUCUAAUUUGUGUCAGUUUAGGGGUCCUUGACCUGAAAAAGUUUGAGAACUACUGCCAUAGACAAUGAAGACUGACUUAUUAAAGUCCUGACAAAAUCUAAAAAGUUAAUAAAUAGUGCACUACUCAGUGUAUAAAGUACAAAAUAAUCACUUUAACAUCAGUUCAAUUAAUAUUCAAGGCAGUUUUACUGUGUAGAUGUUUAGAUUUAAACAUACAGUCUACUAUCAUGAGGUGUUUUUAGUUAAAUAAAUGAGAUAUGAGAUCAAUUUUGGAGUUAUCAUCCCUGUCAGACCUCAGCAAUGCGCAAGUGAAACAAAACACCCACCAGGAGGCGGGAUUAGAUGGUGGUGGUGUUUUUCGCGCUCUGAAGCAGUGAUUCGGUAGAAGGAAAUACUCGUUUUAAGGAUUUUCCCAAAACAAACGCCCGUGGCUGGGUGUGCAAGCCUUCAUAUAGAUACAGUGUGUAUAUAUAGGGUUCAAUGGAGCAGUUGGUAUCAGUCAAAUCUGUUCGAGUGCAAGAUGACGUGGGUCAGUCUGCAAAUGAUCUCUCUCGGCUCGCUGCUGUUCCUCAACGACCAGAUUUCUGCCAGCAGAGCUGACAAGGGCCCCAGACGCAUCAGAAUAGAAAAGUUUGAAAAUACUACCGGACUGUUUCUUGAAUGGCACCAGAGAAAGCUGAAAGUCAUUUCAACCCAGCAGCUGGACAGGGGGGAGUGCGUGAAGGCGGUCAACCAGAUGCACGGCGAUCCGAAUAAGCGCUCCUUGUCCCCGUGGGAGUACAGCACACACCGAGAUGACAGCAGGUUCCCUAAUGAGAUUUCCGUUGCAAAGUGCCUUUGCAGGGGCUGCAUCAUCAACAAGAAGGAAAACCACAACUACAACUCUGUGCCUGUUUUUGCUCCAUUGACAGUCCUGAAGAAGACUCUGCUUCAACGUAACCCAGACAAAUAUCGGCUCACAUUUGAAGUUAUCAAGAUCCCUGUGGCCUGCACUUGUGUUGUGCCCCAAAUUAAUUGAUCAAAGAAACUAUUCUAAUCAUACAUCGGCACCGAUUUCUACUUUUUUCCUACUAAUCUAUUUCUAUAUGACCUAUUAUGGUGUCAUUAGUCAGUUAGCUGGCUAGUUAGUUAGUUAGUUAUUAGUUUCAUGUUUGUGGAAAUUUUGGUCUUGAAGUGGGAACUUCUGUCAGCUGUUUAGGUGUUUUAUGGUGGUUUCAAAGGUGCCACAGAGAACCAAAGUGAAAGCACAACUUUUAGUUUCUGUUUAGGUGGUUUACUCCAUUUGUGUAGACAGUGAUGGUGGGUCCAAAGCUACGCUAGCAAUUCUAAAGGCCUUUACACUCUGGGGGUGUUUUUUUUUUUUUGUGCGAUUAAUUCGCAUGUCAGUAUGUUUUUUUCAGACUGUU